AUGGAAGACAUUCCUCCUCAUAUGGGCCACAUAAACCUGAAUCCAAUACUUGAUUUCAACACCUCAUGGAAUGAUACGGAAGCGCAAGCGGAAGUCUUUGGUGAGGGUGGCAACAAUGUAUCGAUUCCGCAUCUGGCCACGCCGCCAGCCCAUGGCGACGUCGACGGGACCCAUGUACGUGGAAGCAACGAUGACAACGACAUUAGCAUGCACGGCACGGAGGAGGGUCCCAUACCGGUUGAUGAGCCGGCUGACGAGGACCGCAUGCAUAUUGACAGUGACGUUGACGCCGGUGAGGAUGAAGCCGGCCAUGGCAAUGAAGGUGGCGACGGCGGCGACCAAGGCGAUGGCGGUGAUUCUGAUGGUUUCGAUAUCAUGGCCAAUUUGGACAACUGGCUGUCUGGCGUUCGUGCUGACGAAUCAUCGACAAAUGGGCCUUGCAUGUUAACUCUCAGGGACCGCUGCUUUGCCGCAGUUGUGAGGCUUCGAGCCCGCAAAGCCGAGCUACGACAACAACUAAGCCUUGCUUGUGAGCAGAACGAACAGCAUCGGAUGGAAAUUCGCAGCCUUGAGCGGAAAGUUGCUGAGCUGACGGAAAUGGUGCAAAGACUCCAACUCCAGCACCUCGGCCGUCAGCAUAACAAACGGACAUGGCCCGGCACUCUACGGGACUUCUUGACAAUGGGCCCUAGCGACCCUUGCUUUUCGAGUUACAAAGCCAUCUGGAGGCUGUGCUCGAGGGAGGAAAAUAUGUCACCGGAUCUGCAAAAAACCUUGCGGGGCUUGGUCUUCCGAGAGCCGCGUGCCGACGACAUGCAGGCCCAACUCGCCGGUAAUCGUUCGAAUGCCAUGGCAGGCCCUUCGCAGGUAGUCUCGCCGCCUCCGCAUGGUGAACGUUCUGAUCCGCAUCCUUCGGCAUUCAUGGCAGGCCCUUCGCGGGUAGUCUCGCCACCUCCGCAUCCCUCGCUGCCGGCGAACGUUCUGAUCCGCAUCCUUCGGCAUGUCCUGGUCGUUCCCGGCCGGCUCAUCCAUGCCUUGUCCCGACUCGACCCCUACGUGCCGCCCCAGGUGCCGGAGGAUGCCAACGAGCGGAUUCGUCUUCUGCAUAGAUUCCACAUCGGAGACGAGUCCGUGAGCCUGACGUGGGCGACGAAGCCAAACGACUUGCUGGCACCGCUGCGUGUCAGCAAAGACUUUCUCUUCUGGGGAGUCCACCUCUUCUACGGCCUCAACACGUUCGCCUUUUCCUCCCUCGGCGAGUUUGGAAGAUUUGCCCACGGCAUCGGACCGAGGCUUCAGCGCGUUCGCCAUGUACAGAUAUUCUGGACCGGCUCCCAACGCCUUACCUACCCGGGCAAGAAAUAUAUUUCGAGGCGGACCCAGCCGCUAAUGUGGCUGGGGAAGAUGCUCAGGCUCCAGACCUUGUGCGUGUGGAUUCAGGAGAGUUCCUCGUUCUACAUGAGACGAAAGCACGAGCCGGACCAUGUGGUAAAGCACUGGGCAGACGAGACCGCAACGAAAGCAAACUAUAGAAGAUGCCGAUCGUUGCGCACCGUGCAAGGCAUGGAUUACGUUUAUUGGCUCCGCGGCAUGAGAACGGUCGAGUUCUUUGACCAGGACAACGGAGGAUGUCCGGUGCGAGAUACGACGUUCCUGAAGGAUGUCCAGUACGCAACCUCGAUGCCAAAGGACGAGGAUGACAGCAGGCGCUCGCGGCUCCGCAACCUGGCUCCCUUGCUUCCAAACUACAACGCUCCACGGUACGUUUGGCAAGCACUUCGCGACUCCAGCUACCUCGACGACGUGGCCCCCCCGUGCCGCCCCGUCUCGUCAUCGGCAGGCACUUGCCAUGUCAGAGGUGGCCUCCCGGACGACGCUUCGGAUGACGCUUCGGAUGACGCUUCGAGCGACGCUUCGGCCGACACUCUGCGUGACUCUCGGCAUCACCAUGGCCGUCCUCGAGAUGGCUCCCCCCGAAAUCGUUCCGAGUAUGAUGGCCAUUCGGAUGGCUCCUCCAAUGCCUCCUCUGACGAUCCGCCCGAGACAGAGGGGGCCGCUCAAUCCGUUCACGACUCGGUCAUGGACGUCGGCGUUGACAUUAGGUCUGGCAGGGCCUCUCCGGACACAGUGGACCCCGGCAACGUCAUCGAGGUCAUUGAUAUAACGGGAGACGACGACGACGACGAUGAUGAUGAUGAUGAUGAUGAUGAUGAUGAUGAUGAUGAUGAUGAUGAUGAUGAUGAUGGUAGUGAUGGAGAUGGUGACGAUGCGGACGACGAUGGCAAUGUGGACGAUGACGAUGACGACGAACUGAAGACGGACGUGUCGGAGCACGACGCACGCACGGUGUCGGACGAGAGCUCGUUGUUUAUACGCAGCGAUCUUGGCAACAACGGCUCGGGCCUAGCAGCAUACGGCCAAGGCGGAGCAUACCCAUCGCAUCUGCCUUCCCGUGAAAGCUCGCUGUUCGUCCGCAGUGACGGGACAGCCUCGAUGAUGAUUGACUUGACAUCCCUCGAGGAUUAG